AUGCCCUAUCUAGUGUCCCUCAAAAACUCAGUAAGUUUGGACUCGUUUAUGAACUACGAUCUCACGUAUCCAAAAUCACUUCAAGUUCAACAACUAAUCAGUAAUUCCUUUUCAUUUGGUAAUUUUAAUGCAUUCGCGGGUAGUUUCUCCAAAGAAAUAAUAGAUAGAUUAAAACGAUGUCCACUCGUGGCAGAAGUUACUCCAGAUAUUAUGUUGAAAGCUUAUGAAAUCUUCAAACAAGAUGAUGCACCCAGACAUUUGGCAAGAUUGAGCCGUAAGAAACGAUUGAAUCCACAUAGAAAUUAUUCUUAUUAUUUCGAUAGUAACUAUAUUGGAAUGCAAGUCAAUGCGUACGUUCUAGAUUCUGGAGUUCAGAUAUAUCAUCCCGAAUUCGAGGGGCGAGCAAUUCAUGGACGAGAUUUCACACGUGAUGGACCAGGAGAUGUAAACGGACACGGUACACAUGUUGCUGGUAUUAUUGGAUCAAGAACUUAUGGUGUUGCAAAAAAUGUACAAAUUGUUGAAGUGAAGGCUUUGAAUGAUAAAGGUGCUGGUUCUUUAAGUACGAUAAUUGCUGCUAUUGAAUUUGCAGCCAAUCAUAGACUUCAAUCUGGUAGAAUGGGAGUUGCAAACUUAUCCCUAGGUGCAUAUAAAAAUGCAAUGUUAAAUAGUGCCAUUGAAAAAGCAGUUAGAACUGGCUUGGUAAUUGUUGCAGCUGCUGGAAAUUCUAAUAUAGAUGCAUGUUUAACUAGUCCCGCGAGUUCUGGUGCUGCUAUCACAGUGGGUGCCAUAGAUGAUUUCAAUGAUUCCCUAGCAAAUUUUUCCAAUUUUGGAGAAUGCGUUGACGUGUUUUCAAGCGGAGCCUAUGUUGAAAGUAUAAACAUCAAAGAUUCUUCUAAACCACUGAUACUUUCCGGUACUUCAAUGUCGGCCCCAAUAGUAACCGGACUAGUAGCAAAUUUACUUAGUGAAGGUAUCCCACCCCAUCUUAUCAAAGAAACUUUAAUGAAGAGGUCAGUGAAAAAUAGAAUGCAUCUAACUGCUUUACAUCUCAAAAAGCGAACUCCCAAUAGAAUAGCUUACACAGGCAUUGAAUAUGAAGAGAGUAAAGCUGAAAUAAAAUCUGUAUAG